UGGCCGGUGUCAGUAAACGUCAGCAAAAAAAAAAAGCGUAAUUAAAUUGUUGCCAGCAGCACAGUCGCUCUAGAUAACAUGAAAACAGCCUAACCAGCUCUGCUAGGGGGGGUGAAAUGGUCAGAGUGAGGUGUUUUUUCAUUUGCGUUUGGAUUUAGCUUGCAAGCUAGCCAACGUUAGCUUGGGUGCUUGACUGCGGUUGUAAGGUCAGAACGCUCCGAUCAACCCUACUCGGCCAGAGCGUCCAGUGUCCGCUCUGAAUUUACGAACGGACAAUCUGACAAAACUCUGACUUUACGAACGGACAAUCUGACAAAACUCUGACUUUACGAACGCUCUGAGCGCACUCCAGAUUUACGAACAAGCACGUAUCAAGCGACGCCUUGCUGUUUGCCUUUGUCCACCCCGCCACCUGGUGGCGGAACAAAUAUUUUGCGGCAAAGUCAUGACUUCUUUCUGGUCCAAUCAUCGAGGGUUGCUGUUGCUAUGUGACGUUGACUGCAAACGUUAAGUUGCUGUGGAUUGAAAAUGAAGUUGGCCGAUCUCUAAACCAAAUCAACUUUUUCUAUAAUUUUAGCAAAUUAACUCUCUUACUUGUUUUGUUUUUUUAUCAACAAGACAGAUAUUCGAUUAGUAUUCAGCAAUGCCUCCUCCAGAUACUAUGUACUGUGAACAGCAAAUCAACAUCCCCCCUGAACUACCAGACAUUCUCAAACAGUUCACCAAAGCUGCAAUCAGAACCCAACCCCAUGAUAUACUACAGUGGUCUGCAGCGUACUUCUCUGCCCUGUCCAAAGGAGACACUCUGCCAGCCAAAGAUAGGCUGGAGAUGCCCGUUGCCACACAGAAGACUGAUACCGGAUUGACACCAGGCCUGCUGAAGGUCCUACACAAACAGCUGGCCCCUAAGGAGACGAUCAGUAAGGAGGAGCUGCAGCAGAAGUGGAAGGGUCUGUGUCUGCCCUCAGAGCAGCUGGACACUCUGCUGGCACUGGGGAACUUCAACGACAAUAUCCACUGGAUGCAGUUCUUCGCCCUGGGCUGCAGCGCUCUGGGAGGGACCAUCAUCAGUGCCCUGAAGUAUGCGUGUGAGAUCCUGACUGAGAAUGAGGAGGGUGGAGCGGCGAGGAUCCCCUUUGAUACAUUCGUAGGGCUGUACACUUACCUGGCACAACUGGAUGGAGAGAUCCCCCAGGACCAGAUAGACAGCUUCCUAAGCAGCCUGCAGGAGUCUGUCACCAAGCAGAAUGGGAUGAUUCAGCUGGCCAACUUCUACAGCCGCAAAAAAUUUAGAUAAUAGGAGAGAUUGAGGGAGAGACGAAAAGGACAGGAAAGAGCAGGAAGAAACUGAGAGUAGCAGGAAGGAAUUAGCUUUACUACUUAUUCUACAAAUAAAUAUUCUUCUCUAAAUCCCCAUGGAAUCACGAUCAGUUGAUGUUUUCCUGUUAAAGCUCAGGUCUGUACAGUAGUGAUACCCAGUUGCUUGAAUUAUUUCCCAGGCAGUUGAGUUUGGUUCAUAUCUUAUUGUUAUAUGGGACGGAGAGUUGCUGUGAUAUAACAUGGAAGGUGUACUGUACUGCGUGUGAAUGUAGGUUAGUAUCACUGGAACCAAUGAGAACCACUCCUGCCCUGACAGGUUAGUCGAUAGUUCAUUUGUCAUGCUCAUGCCUUGUCAAUGAAGUGCCUGUUGCAUUCUUUUUCAACGUGGCAUAUUCAUUUAGCCAGUGAGAGGGUGUCUGUCUGUCUGUCUGCCUGCCUGUCUGUCUGUCUGUCUGCCUGCCGGCUAGUUCUUGUGAAAUAGAGGUAGUGGUCCUCUCAGCAGUACAACAGUGAUAAGGCUAGUGAAAGAGACAGCUCUGAAAAGAUGCUCUGGGGCCUUGCUGACACUAGUAGACUAGUACCCAGUAAGACAUGCUGUAAGACACAGUCUAUUGCCCGUCUGUGCUAGUGAAAGCCAGAGAACACAUCAGUACAUUGGUGGAACACAAGAAUCAAACCAGACUAAUUUGACUCUCUUUCCCAUACAGUCAUCAUGUAUGAUGAGGAAGUAUUACUACAUCUCAGUUGGACAAUGUAUGUAACUCUCAUUACUCAUGUAGUGGAUGAUGUACAGUGCCCUCCGUAAUUACUGGGACAGUGAAGCAUUCUUCAGUUGGCUCUAUACUCCGACAGUUUGGAUUUGAAAUCAAACAAUGACUUUGAGGUUAAAGUGCAGACUGUC